UACAAAUUCCCCUUACACCUCGAAUAACAAUGGAUAUCCCGGUGUGGAAUGAGUGGGUGAACAAAGUACUAAGUUUUGACUUAAUUAUUUUAAAUUUUUUGUCGUAUAACCUCAUUUUCUUUGGCGUAGUCGUGGUUAUCGUUUUACAAUGGCUUAAUACUCCGUAUGGAAGAUAUGCACGCGGGGGUUGGGGACCCUCCGUCAACGCCCAAAUAGCGUGGUUCGUGCAGGAGAUUCCAGCCUUCGCUGUGCCAUUACUACUCGUCUAUUACACCGACUGUCCGAAACUAAAAUUUACCCCGAACAAGAUUUUUCUAGGAUUAUUUUUGUUUCACUACUUUCAAAGGUCUUCGAUUUUUCCUUUUCUAAUCAGGGGAGGUAAACCUACCCCAUUCAUCCCUUUUAUACUAGCCUUCGUAUUCUGUGUACUCAACGGCUACCUGCAAGGCGGAUAUAUUCUGAAGUACGCUGACUUUGGAAGCAAAUGGAUGUGGAACUCCAGAUUUUAUCUAGGUAUUAUCCUCUUUUGUACUGGGAUGUUUAUCAAUCUUCAGGCCGACCAUAUUCUUAGAAAUUUGAGAAAACCAGGGGAGACUGGCUAUAAAAUUCCAAGAGGUGGUUUGUUUGAAUAUGUCUCCGGAGCAAAUUUCUUUGGGGAGAUCGUAGAAUGGCUGGGGUUCGCUGUGGCUAAUGGGACUCUUCCGACAUUUGCCUUUUUCUUCUUCACUCUGUGUAACAUCGGACCGCGUGCCUGUCACCACCACCAGUGGUAUCGAGAGAAGUUUGAAGAUUAUCCAAACAAAAGACGAGCACUUAUUCCUUUCAUUUUAUAAGUAUUCUAGUGUGUAAAAAAAUGUAUACAUCUUACUGCAGAAGUCGUCGUGUCACCAUGUACCCAACCUUCUAAUAAAUAAAGCAGGAGCCCAA